AUGAACGGCACGCUCGUCCGGCCGGACGAGGACGCCGGCGGAGAGGCGAGCGCGACGGUAAACGGAUGUAAGGAGCUCAAGUUGCCAACAGAAACGAACGAACACGCGUUGAACGGCGUCGACGGCGGUGAGAGCGGCGUGAAGCGACGGAAGUUGACCAAAUGCGAAGAGGAGAUCGUACGUAUCAUCGGCCAGUAUCUGCGCGACAUCGGACUGCACGGCACGGUGGAGGAGCUCGUCCACGAGUCGGGCUGCUCGUUGGAGCAUUCGUCUGCGACGAAAUUUCGACGUCACGUGCUGGACGGCGACUGGACUCAGGCUUUUGAUGCUCUGGAGGAGUUGAAGCCGCUACUUUCUAACCCGGAUGACAACAAAAAAAUGGUUUUUCUAAUGUUGGAGCAGAAGUAUAUGGAGUUGUUGGAGGGUCGGCGGUUGAUGGACGCUCUCUGUUGUCUGAGGAAUGAUAUCACACCGCUGAACUAUGAUACGGCACGCGUUCAUAAGCUGAGCAGCUAUGUGAUGUGCGGCACUGCUGAGGAGUUGAGGAGUUUGGCGAGUUGGCCGGGUGUGAUGGGAAAGUCGAGAGAGGCUCUUAUGGAUAACCUGCAAGGAUUCUUUCCGCCUUGCAUCAUGCUACCUCCGAAGCGAUUGUCUCAGCUCAUGAACCAAGCCGUUCAACGACAAGCAGAUCAGUGUAUGUUCCACAACAUGCGACUGGAGCCUGGAAUAGAAACAUACUCUCUCCUCACAGAUCAUAUCUGCACAAAUUGGCAGUUUCCAAGUGAAUGCAUUGCAACGUUAGGUGAUCAUAACGACGAGGUGCUGCAUGUCAGUUUUUCUCACAGCGGCAAGUGGCUUGCAUCGGCAUCUAAAGACACGACGGUUAUCAUAUGGGACACCGAAGACAUCAACGAUGUCCGGAAACAUCGAGGACUGCACGGACAUCCGUUUAGCGUAGCGUGGGUGACGUGGAGUCCAGACGACAGAUACCUCAUUGCAUGCGGCGAAGACGACAGCUCGGAGGUUUUUGUGUGGACAGCAGAGACGGGCGAAUUGAAGUGUCGUAUCAGCCAGUCGGUGGAAGACAGUCUAACAACAGCGGCGUGGUAUAGCGACUCCAGACGGUUUGCUGUGGCCGGGAUCAAAGGGCAGUUCUAUCAAUGUGACAUUGAAGGUCACAUUUUAGAGUCGUGGGAAGGCGUUCGUGUACAGUGCCUUUCUGCUGCUCCUCACUCACAGUCGAUUCUCGCUGCUGACAAUCGCAUGAGACUUCGAGCAUACAACUUUAGUUUGCUGACGGACAGAAGCAUAAUACAAGAAGAUAGAUCGAUUAUGAGUUUCUGUGUUUCAUCGGAUGGAAGGAUGGCACUACUGAACAUUGCAUCUCAGGGAUUACACUUAUGGGAUCUUCAAGACAAAACGUUAGUGAGGCAAUACCAGGGAGUCACGCAAGGAUACUACACCAUUCACUCGUGUUUCGGUGGCAUGAACGAAGACUUUAUUGCAAGCGGCAGCGAAGACAACAAAGUGUACAUAUGGCACAGACGACAGGAGACACCAAUUCUCGUACUCUCUGGUCACACGAGGACAGUAAACGCCGUCAGCUGGAAUCCUGCCUGCCCGUCUAUGCUGGCAUCAGUGGGUGAUGACUGUUAUAUAAAGAUAUGGGGUCCUGCUCAGAACAAACAGAAAGAAUCGAAUGGAGCGGCUGGUGUUCUAUAGCAGGACCAUGUCUAGAUUGUCUAAGUCUAUAGUUUAUUUGAGAACUGGCUUAGUUACUCCACCGUUUGCAGAGUUUACGAUGUGAACAUAAAUAGUUGUAUUUACAUAACAAAGAAAUGCUAUACAGUG